AUGGUUCAAGUGUACUCUCAUAAAGAAUCUACUGACGUAGCCAAUGCCGUCGGCUCAUACAUCUUGAAGGCUCAAAACGAGGCUCUUCUGAAGAGCACGAAUUUUAAGGUUGCUGUCUCUGGUGGUUCGCUUGGUAAGGUGUUGAAAGCAGCAUUGAUCGAUAAUAAUCAACUUGCUGGUCAAGUCCAAUGGGACAAAUGGGAAGUUUUCUUUUCGGACGAAAGAUUGGUUCCUUUGGAUCAUGCUGAUUCCAACUAUGGGCUUUUCAAGACCAUGGUUCUCGACAAUUUGGAGAGUGUCAAGCCGACCGUCCACACUAUUGAUACCACUCUUCUCACAGGGAAGGACGGUCAAUUGGAGGGUUCAGACAAUUCGCAGGAUGAAGCAAUCGCUCGUGCUUACGAACGGAUUCUUCCCAAAGAUAUCAAGAUCGAUUUGGUUCUUUUGGGGUGCGGUCCUGAUGGCCAUACAUGUUCGUUGUUUCCAGGACAUGCAUUGUUGAAAGAGGAAAACGAGCUCAUUUCUUUAAUCAGGGAUUCCCCAAAACCUCCACCAAGAAGAAUCACUUUCACAUUCCCUGUCUUGAGAAAAGCUGGUGCCAUCGCCUUCGUUGCUGAAGGAGAAGGUAAGGCGCCUGUCAUUGAUGAGAUCUUUAACAAGAAGUCUCUGUUACCUUGUAAACUUGUGAACGACCUUGAUGUUCCCGUGGUGUGGUUUGUCAACGAUGCAGCUAUCAAGGGAGUCAACGUGCCAGCCUCUAAAUAUUAG